GCCGAACCGUGUGCUUCCGCGGGCUCCGGGGUCGCUGGGGCCUCGUGGCGGGGCGGCUCGGCGGGGCGGCUCCACGGGGCUUCGCCCACGCCCUUGCCUCCCCUGUGCCCUCUCGCGGUUCCCGGCGGGGCCUGUGCUUCAGCCGGAGAUCCGGGAAAGGUGAAGAAUAAAUGUCAUCAUGUCUGGAAUCAAGCGAACAAUCAAAGAAACUGACCCUGAUUAUGAGGAUAUAUCUGUGGCCCUUCCAAAUAAGCGGCAUAAAGCAAUUGAGAAUUCAGCUCGAGAUGCUGCUGUGCAAAAGAUCGAGACUAUUAUUAAGGAGCAAUUUGCACUUGAAAUGAAAAAUAAGGAACAUGAAAUUGAAGUCAUUGACCAGCGACUGAUUGAGGCUAGAAGGAUGAUGGAUAAACUUCGUGCCUGCAUUGUCGCAAACUACUAUGCUUCUGCAGGACUUCUAAAAGUUGCUGAGGGAUCAAAGACAUAUGAUACAAUGGUUUUUAAUCAUCCUGCUAUCAAGAAAUUUUUGGAGUCACCAUCUCGGUCAUCAUCUCCUGCCAAUCAGAGAUCAGAAACACCGUCAGCCAUUCAUUCCGAAAGUGAUUCUUUAUCUCAACACAAUGACUUCUUAUCUGACAAAGACAAUAACAGCAAUAUGGAUAUAGAGGAAAGGCUCACAAGCAGCACAGAACAGAGACCAAGCCGAAAUACUGGAAGGGACAGUUCUAGUAUUACUGGCUCCCAUAAAACAGAGCAGCGGAAUGCUGAUCUUACAGGAGAUGAGACUUCACGACUUUUUAUAAAGAAAACAAUAGUAGUGGGCAAUGUGUCCAAAUAUAUACCUCCUGAUAAGAGAGAAGAAAAUGACCAAUCAACUCACAAGUGGAUGGUGUAUGUCCGAGGGUCUCGUAGAGAACCCAGCAUUAAUCAUUUUGUCAAGAAAGUUUGGUUCUUCCUUCAUCCCAGCUAUAAACCAAAUGACCUUGUGGAAGUUAGAGAGCCUCCUUUUCACCUGACCAGAAGAGGCUGGGGUGAGUUUCCUGUCAGAGUUCAAGUUCACUUUAAGGACAGCCAGAACAAGCGGAUAGAUAUCAUACAUAAUCUGAAGCUGGAUAGAACUUACACUGGCUUGCAGACUCUUGGAGCAGAGACGGUAGUGGAUGUUGAGCUCCACCGGCACUCCCUUGGAGAAGACUCCAUUUAUCCUCAGUCCUCCGAGUCAGACAUCUCUGAUGCCCCACCAUCUUUGCCUUUGACCAUUCCAGCCCCAGUGAAAGCUUCCUCACCAAUAAAGCAGUCACAUGAGCCAGUACCUGAUACCUCUAUAGAGAAAGCAGGAUUCCCAGCCAACACUGAAGCUGAGAGGCACACUACAUUUUAUUCUUUGCCAUCUUCACUGGAACGAACACCCACCAAAAUGACAACAUCCCAGAAAGUUACAUUUUGUUCUCAUGGCAAUUCAGCCUUUCAGCCAAUAGCAUCAAGCUGCAAAAUUGUGCCACAAAGUCAGCUUCCUAAUCCUGAGUCACCUGGAAAAUCCUUCCAGCCUAUCACCAUGAGCUGCAAGAUUGUUUCAGGUUCCCCUAUAUCAACUCCAAGUCCAUCACCACUGCCUCGAACCCCAACUUCCACUCCUGUCCAUGUGAAGCAAGGCACUGCCAGCUCUGUUAUUAAUAAUCCUUACGUUAUCAUGGACAAGCCAGGGCAGGUUAUAGGAGCCACCACUCCCAGUACAGGAAGUCCUACAAACAAACUCUCUACUGCCUGUCAGGCCUCUCAAGGAACAGGUUCCCCUAUUCCUAAAAUUCAUGGAAGUAGUUUUGUUACAUCUGCUGUCAAGCAGGAAGAUUCUUUGUUUGCGUCUAUGCCACCUCUUUGCCCAAUUGGGAGUCACCCUAAGGUUCAAAGCCCCAAACCUAUAACUGGAGGACUUGGAGCUUUCACAAAAGUAAUCAUCAAGCAGGAGCCUGGGGAAGCCUCUCAUGUACCCACAACAGGAGCUGCCAGCCAUUCACCACUCCCUCAGUAUGUGACUGUGAAAGGGGGUCACAUGAUAGCUGUGUCCCCUCAAAAACAGGUCAUAACGGCUGGAGAAGGGACUGCCCAGGCACCAAAGAUUCAGCCCUCCAAGGUUGUUGGGGUGCCGGUUGGGUCUACUUUACCUUCAACAGUGAAACAGGCUGUGGCAAUCAGUGGUGGCCAAAUCCUUGUAGCCAAGGCCAGCUCUUCUGUCACCAAAGCAGGUGGUCCAAAGCAAGUUGUAACCCAGGGAGUCGCCAAAGCAAUUGUGAGUGGAGGUGGAGGAACCAUUGUUGCUCAGCCAGUGCAAGCCUUAACCAAGGCUCAGGUCGCUGCGGCAGGCCCUCAGAAGAGUGGAUCCCAGGGUUCAGUAAUGGCAACAUUACAGUUACCAGCCACUAAUUUGGCCAACUUGGCAAAUUUGCCUCCUGGCACUAAACUCUACCUUACAACAAACAGCAAGAACCCUUCAGGAAAAGGAAAACUGCUGCUGAUCCCUCAAGGAGCCAUCCUGCGAGCUACCAACAAUGCUAACCUCCAGUCUGGCUCAGCUGCUGGUGGUGGAGGAGGAGGCAGCACGGGAGGAACCCAAAGCCCUGCUGGCUCCGGAGGGAUAGCCCAGCACCUGACUUACACAUCUUACAUCCUCAGGCAGACUCCCCAGGGCACAUUUUUAGUUGGCCAGCCAUCGCCCCAGACAUCUGGAAAACAGCUGACUACUGGGUCAGUGGUCCAGGGAACUCUGGGAGUGAACACAUCUUCUGCACAAGGACAACAAACAUUAAAAGUCAUCUCUGGACAAAAAACCACUUUGUUUACCCAGGCAGCCCCUGGGGGACAGGCAUCUCUAAUGAAAAUAUCUGACAGCACAUUGAAGUCUGUGCCUGCCGCCUCACAACUCUCAAAGCCUGGAACCACGAUGCUGAGAGUAACAGGAGGGGUUAUCACAACUGCCCCUUCCCUGGCAAAUGGUCCUGCACAACAGCAGUCAGAAGGAACAGCUCCCAGUGCGUCAUCCACUGUUGGCUGUGCAGUGAGAGCCUGUGGGCAGCAGCAGGUGUGUGUGAGCCAGGCUGCCGUGGGUGCCUGCAAGGCUGCCGCUCCCUCUGCCGUCGGCGCCACGUCCCUGGUGUCCACACCAAGCCCCAUUUCGGGGAAAGCCACAGUAUCAGGAUUGUUAAAGAUUCACUCCAGUCAGUCCAGUCCCCAGCAGGCUGUACUGACAGUCCCCAGCCAGCUCAAGCCACUCAGUGUAAAUGCAUCUGGAGGUGUGCAGACUAUACUCAUGCCCGUGAAUAAAGUGGUUCAGUCAUUUUCUACCAACAAAUCACCUACCAUUCUGCCUGUAGCUGCCCCAACUCCAGUCGUCCCCAGCCCUGCUCCAGCUACUGUUACGAAAGUGAAGACUGAACCAGAAACACCUGGGCCAAGCUGCCUCUCUCAGGAGGGUCAGCCAGCAGUGAAAACAGAAGAAAGCUCUGAGCUAGGAAACUACGUCAUUAAGAUAGACCAUUUAGAGACUAUCCAGCAACUCCUAACAGCAGUAGUGAAGAAGAUCCCAUUAAUUACUGCAAAAAGUGAAGAUGCCAGCUGUUUCUCUGCCAAGUCUGUGGAGCAGUAUUAUGGCUGGAACAUCGGGAAAAGGAGAGCCGCUGAGUGGCAAAGAGCAAUGACAAUGCGAAAAGUCUUACAAGAAAUAUUGGACAAGAAUCCAAGAUUUCACCACCUGACUCCCCUUAAAACCAAGCACAUUGCUCACUGGUGUCGCUGCCAUGGCUAUACUCCUCCUGAUCCUGAGAGCCUGCGGAGUGACGGGGAUUCUAUUGAGGAUGUGCUGACCCAGAUCGACAGUGAGCCAGAGUGCCCGUCAUCAUUCUCUUCUGCUGACAACCUCUGCCAGAAGCUGGAGGACCUGCAGCAGUUUCAGAAAAGAGAGCCAGAGAACGAGGAAGAGGUGGAUAUCCUCAACCUUCCAGAGUCAUUAAAGAUAAACAUCAAAAAGGAACAGGAAGAGAAACCAGAAGAAAUGAAAUUCUACUUGCCUCCAACACCAGGGUCUGAAUUUAUUGACAACAUCACACAGAAGAUCGGAAUCACCCUGCAGCCCGUGGCACUUCACAAGAAUGUGUAUGCGUCAGUGGUGGAGGACAUGGUUUUGAAGGCUACGGAGCAGCUGGUGAAUGACAUCCUGAGACAGGCUUUGGCAGUUGGAUACCAGACAGCGUCUCACAACAGCCUGUAACAAAGUUCCCUCGGACAUGAAGAGGCCUGAAUCCGAGGAGCAUUAGGUCAGACGUCACAGGACGGCGACACGGUGGGCGGCGGCGAAGAGAUCUCUGAGACGCCGGAGGGAGACGGGCUCCAGUACGCCUACUCACUGCCCUGCCUGAAGUCCAGGAGUGGGCUGUGUGCCUCCGUGGCCCUGCUACCCCAUGGUCCCCACUGUGGAGAUACAGUGACUCAGGGCUUUUGAUAAGAGCGGUCAGCAUCAUGCUUGGCCUGGUAUAAGUCCACCACCCAUCCUUCCAAAAGACAGAGAUGUAUUCCCAAGCCUUUGACUCUGCUUUAGCCACUUAAUAUUGAAUUAAAAAAUACUGUUCUGAUAUCCACUUCACUUCCUUUCUCUCUUCUCAGUCCUCAGUCUUCUUAGUCAUUCAGUCAGCUUCUUGAAAUCCAUGUCAUACCUGUGAGUAGGGAGUCAGAUUUGACCUCUAAAUAGGGCUGAGCUGGCUGUGAGGAGGGUAGGCCAGAUCCUCAGCAAAGUCAAAGGAGUUAAUGGGAAAGAGGAGAGGGAAUGCACCACUCCCUAAACUAUGCCCAUCACUCAGCACUAUCCCCGUCUAUUAGGGCCUGUGCAGGGGGUGGUGCUUUUGAGAAAUUAAUUGAUCAAAUUAUUGGAUACCUGAGAGUUGUACCUAAGAUGCUCUGUUUUUUGGACAGGAUUCCUAAAGAGAUUACAGUGAGUAAUAUCCACCAGGCCAUUUGCAACAUUCCUUUUCUGGACUUCCUUACAAACAAACACAUGGGGAUAUUGAAUGAAGAUCAGUGAAUGGAAUGAAGAUGCCCUGGAAAAGUGGGAUUUGAAGCUGAAUCUGAAGCUUUAACCUGUGAUGACUCUUCCAUUUGGGGAAGGAGUUAGUUUUCCAUGUGCCUCAGAACAUCCUGGCUACCAAACCAUUGCCUCCAUCUAAUUCAGCGUAACACCAGAGUGUUCAGUCCCAGACCAAGUCCCUUUAGGACAGAAGUUCGUUUCUGGAUUCUAGACCGGAGCUGUGAGCAGGUGCAUGCCGUCACCUUGCAUUUGUUUGCUCUCUGUGGGGCUCCAGGAGAGUCUCGGUGCCGGGCUCGCCUCUGGCAUCCUCGGGUCAUUGGGGAGGGGUGUGUCCUGGGCCUGAGUCUCCCUCCAGGAGGCAAAAGAGUCUGACGGGCUACAGAAAUCACCCGUUCUGUGGGCUGGGGUUACAGGCAGCCCCAGCAGGUGCCCUGCUAACACCUGGGGAAGGACUGGGCUUCAGCACUCAGUGCGUGGCCGUGGUGAGGAAGAUCUGCGCUCAGCCCACGUGAGUCAGCCACAUGUUUGCCUUGUGGAAAACACAAAAGCCUGGAGGCUGCAAACUAGGCAGAAUGGUUUCGUCAUGGAGCAUGGAGCAUCUCUACAGCCAGUCUCAGAACAUUGCCAAGAUCCCAGCAGCACAGGUCAGGAAAAGGUUUAGCUAUAACCAAUCAGCUCUUAAUAUGUUAAUAACAGACAACACUCACAAAUCCAGGGCACUUGGCACGCUCACACCAGCUUGUGUGUGCACCAGGCAAAGUGCUGGUUCCACCCAUUUGCAUGGUGUGCAGGGGCUUCUGCUGCUGAAUUCGUGUGGGAGUAUCUGCUGGUCAGUAGCCCCUGGGACAGGCCCACUGGGAUUGUUCAUCCUGUCAGUGGAUUUAACGCUCUGUUCUCUGUCAGGUUUUUCCCAACAAGAAAAGUGUUUUAAAGAGACACUUGUGAGUGCCUCAAAGGUAGAGAAAUGACUGCUGGAGUCAAGACACAGGGAUGUCAGUGCUCAGAAGCAGUGAGAACAGAUUGUGACCAGAGCAGAGCCCCUCAGUGGGAGGAAGUGAACAGAAGGUGGUUAGCAGUGCUCUAUGUGACGUCCAUUCCUGUUAUAGAUCCUCUCUCCCAACCAUCCUAACACACUCUGUGUGGAAGGAAAGAAUUUAGAUUCUGUUAGGAUUCUGUUAGGAAUCUACUCAAAGAAAAGUUGAAAUCUGUGAGUCAGAGUCAAAGACAUUUAUUCAAGGAACCUAGUUCAUGCUUUCAUGAGUCCUGUAGAUGUUUGAGUCAGGAAAAGAAGGUGGGGAGGGUACUAUGAGCACUGCUGUUUUUUAUUCAGCAUCUGUAGAUUACACAUGCAGAAGGCGAUCUAUUCAGUAAGGCCUAGGGCACACCCUGGCUUAGUAAUAAAGAGGCUUUGUAUGUACAGGGUCAAAUACUCCACACGUGCACUGCUCCAAGCAGGGUUAAUGGGCACAUGUAUAGAUUCAUUCAGCAGUGGGCUAUGACUGAGAUCUAUAGGAUGGAUUUGAUCUAAAUGAGAACACUCAGAUUUAUUAUCUACAGGUGUGAAAGCCUAAGAAAUUAUCUUUUUGCAAAAGAAAUAUUAAAUGAUUUAAUAGUCCCCAUAUGUUAAUGUUUCAAAUGUAUUUGUAUCAUAAUGUGUAACAUAAUUGUGUAACAAAAAUAUCUAUAAUAAAUCUUUUAGUAUU